CGGAGAACCUAGGCAAGAACAUUUGAGCUAGAACCCAUACAGAACCCAUUCAGAACCCAUUUAGCACCCAUUUAGCACCCAUUUUGCAUGUGGAUCCGAAAAAGGGACCAAAAUCUCGGCCCCACCAAAACUCAUACGUAGUACAUACUCAUAGUACAUACUAAUUAACUCUUCAAUGUUCUUCUACUCUCCUACUUUUUUAUUAUACACACCGUUGACCGACCUAACCGUCUACAACCCUUUUUUAUGUCACAUUUGUGCUAGGUCUUCCCCUACUACUCUACCUACUUCUCACCUCCUGUACCCUAUUAUUUUCCUAUACAGACAUCUUCCAUGGAUUCGCGUAAUAGAUAGCCUUGCAGGAAUCGCAUUUCCUAGACAUCCAGUUGAUCAGUCCAUCUGACGAAAACUGGCCUCGCGAAUACUGUCCCGACUUUCUAUACCACCUUGCGCCCCUUGCCGAUUGACGUCCAGAUCCUACCAACUUCGGUUUACCAGGCUCAGAGUUGAUCGCCAGCCACCUUACGACAACUGAUCAUAGUGGAGAGUGUUCUCUACCAUGGCUCCCAAUAAUAGCAAGACCGCUAUUGCUGAGUGUAUCUCGGACGAUGCUCUCAUCCACCUAAAAUCCUACAAGUACUCGGCCGUCGACAAGUCGCCCGUAUCAAAUUACAUCCUCCGCCCUUACUGGAAUGCCUUCGUUGAGCUUUUGCCACUAUGGCUAGCCCCGAAUAUGGUGACCCUGAUUGGGUUUUGCUUUAUUCUCGUAAACAUCGCUUUGCUGGUAAUAUUCAUACCAGAUCUAGUAGGACCUGGCCCAUCAUGGCUAUACCUUAGCUUCGCAUUCGGCCUCUUUAUGUACCAAACCAUGGACAAUAUUGAUGGGAAACAAGCUAGGCGAACGGGUACCUCGAGCGGUCUGGGCGAACUAUUCGACCACGGUAUCGACUCGUUAAACUGUACCCUCGGUAGCUUACUGGAGACGGCCGCCAUGGCCCUAGGAACCUCUAAAUCAGGCGUCUUUACGGCUCUUUGCCCUUGCCUUCCCAUGUUCUUCUCGACCUGGGAGACAUACCACACCCACACCCUAUACCUAGGCUAUUUUAACGGCCCCACGGAAGGUAUCCUUAUUGCGUGCAGCUUGAUGGCAAUCUCGGGUAUCUAUGGACCUGAUAUCUGGACAGAGCGUAUCAUCGACAUUCUAGGAAAGGACAACCUUUUUGGCUAUGACCACGUUGUUGGUGACCGUUCGAUUCGCGAUAUCUGGAUCCUCAUUAUUGUGGGCUCCCUCGUUUUCGGUCACAUGCCAUUUUGCGUCUUGAAUGUCGUCAAGGCCAGGAGACGGGACAAGCUGCCUAUUCUUCCGGUCUUCCUUGAGUGGAUCCCCAUGGGCGUAUAUACUAUCUCGAUCGGCACCUGGCUCUACUCCCCUCAUUCGACCCUUUUGCGCGAGAAUCACUUGGUGCUUUUCUGCCUAACCAUGUCCCUUGUGUUCGGGCGCAUGACAACCAAGAUGAUCCUUGCUCAUCUAACCCGCCAACCUUUCCCGUAUUGGACUGUGAUGUUGGUUCCGUUGGUGGGUGGUGCUGUUCUAGGCAACCUACCACGCCUUGGAUUAGCCCCUAUCACUGCGGAGCUCGAGUACUAUUACCUAUGUGGCUACUUCGUGUUCGCCUUCAUUGUCUACUUCCGCUGGGCUUACCUAGUUACAACGAGCAUAUGCAACUUUCUGGGCAUCAACUGCCUGACGAUCCCGCGUGAGAAGCAGCUGGAGAACAAGCGCAAACGGGAGCUUGAAGCUAAUGGGGCUGCAAAUGGGAAAAAGUCGCAGUAAAAUGGGAUUUGGGAAUUUUAUUAAUAAUAGACGGGGAGGAGCAAAAAAUGGGAAAUGUCUAUACAUAGACACACACAAAGAGCUUGAGGCCGCUCAUGAGGGAUUACGACACGAUUCUGGAAAAGGGAAAAAAGGGGGGGAGAAACCACCCCCUUCUUGAACAAAGAAGAUUGGGCUCUUACAUACAUACUACCCGCAUAGCCUCCACCUACCUAUGUUAAUGUAAUAUAUCGCAGAAAAGAAGGAAGAUCCAAAGGCUAUGGGAUAUCCUGUCUUCGCUUCAUUUCAUUUGACUUCGCUGGACGCAUCGACUAUCUGGCACCUGUGGUCCACUGAACUUAGCUACCUAACCUAGUUUAGGUGGACAAUCUUCCCCCCUUUUUCAUGAAGCUGGACCGGACUGGCCACAUUCCAAUUUCCAGCGGUGAAGCAGAUAGUUAUUUAGAAGGCGAGUGUUUUGUGGUUGUGUUUCGUUCUUGCUACUACUACUACUAUUUGCCAAGUUUAUGUGUCUAUUAUUAUUAUUGUUGUUGUUGUUUGUUGUUGUUUGUUGUCUACUACGAUAUUGUAUUGUAUUGUAUUUAGUUUGCGUUGCAUUGCGAUGGUGGAGGUACAUGUAGGCCGGCAUUCUGAAUCGGUAGAAUAGAAUAGAAAAGAAAAUGGUGAAAA